CAUUUGAUAUCUUAUUGAGACCCCUAAAAAUUAACGGUAUUCAAUAAAAAUUCAUAAACUGUUAAUUUUGACAGGUCUCAAUAACAUAUCAAAUGAUUUUCAAUUUUUUUUAAAAAAUUUAUGGAUGAUCUACACGAUAUAAACUUUCUAUCCAACGGCGGAUUUUGUAAAAUUUGUAUUCGUUAUAGUGUUUUUGGUGACUUGUGCAUGGUGCACAACUUAAGACACUUGUGUACCAUAGACUUUGCGUCAUAUAACAUAAAACAUAAACAUAGAAUCAUAAGCUUUCUUAAAAUAGACUUUCCUCCCUUUAACAUAGGCCCUAGAAUUUAACUAAAAUUUCCACUUGGAGUGGAAAACCACCAAAACAAAACCAACCUCUCUCUCUCUCUCUCUCUCUCUCUCUCUCUCUCUCUCUCUCUCUCUCUCCCAUUGGUUUCUAAUUUUUGUCAAACAAAGUAAAUAUAAUAGUUUUCCUUCAUCUUCUUACAUUUUUUUCCCUCCUUAUCAUCCAUCUGCAAUAUCUUUUCAAGAACAAGACCAAAACAUAUUCUUUCAGAUUUUUUUUUUAUUGCUGUAAUGUGAUAUAUUUUAUUAUAUGCUGCUAGUUCAUUGGUAAUGCAAGUUUGACACAUGAAAUAGUCUUCUAUUAGGAUUGCAUAUAACAGGACGUGAAAGUUGUUAUAUAGCAAUAGAGGAAAAAAAUGGGAGAUAAAGGAAAUAAAACAGAUGAAUAUAUAGUGUGUUAUGCACCAACCAUGAUAACAACAAAUGGAAUAUGGGAAGGAGAUAACCCUUUGGAUUAUUCUCUCCCACUUUUCAUCUUGCAAUUAACCUUAGUUGUUGCAGCCACUCGAAUAUUCGUCUUUCUUCUCAAGCCCUUUCGCCAGCCACGCGUCAUAGCCGAAAUUCUGGGAGGAGUAAUGUUAGGUCCUUCGGUACUCGGAAAAAACAAAACAUUCGCCAAUGCAGUGUUUCCUCUAAGAAGUGUGAUGGUGAUUGAAACAAUGGCAAAUGUUGGUCUUCUUUAUUUUCUGUUCUUGGUUGGUGUGGAGAUGGACAUAACCAUUUUGCGCAGCGUAGGUAAAAAGGCAGUCACUGCAGCAAUUGCCGGCAUGAUUUUGCCUUUCAUCCUUGGUGGUGCUUGUGCCGUCCUUUUAAAUGAUAAAAAAAACAGUGAGAUGAACCAAGGAACUUAUAUUCUGUUCAUCGGUGUCGCUCUUUCUGUCACUGCAUUUCCUGUUCUAGCUAGGAUCCUUGCUGAGCUAAAACUUAUUAACACGGAUUUAGGAAGGCUUGCUCUUUCAUCUGCACUCAUUAAUGAUGUUUGUGCUUGGAUUCUCUUGGCUUUAGCAAUUGCCAUGGCUGAGAAUGAAACAAGUUCUUUUACUUCCCUUUGGGUUUUAUUGUCCGGCGCAGCGUUUGUCGCCUUUUGUGUUUAUGCCGUUAGACCAGCAGCCUCAUGGAUUGUUAAGAAAACACCCGAAGGAGAAUCUUUUAGUGAAUUCUAUAUAUCUCUUAUAUUAGCCGGUGUCAUGGUCUCCGGUUUCAUCACAGAUGCUAUUGGAACUCAUGCUGUUUUCGGAGCUUUUGUGUUUGGUUUGGCGAUCCCGAGUGGACCGCUCGGUGUUACUCUUGUGGAAAAGCUUGAGGACUUUGUUUCAGGACUUUUGCUCCCUCUAUUUUUCGCCAUCAGCGGACUAAAAACCAAUAUAGGACUUGUUCAAGGUUCUCACACUUGGACUAUUAUUAUUGUUGUCAUUUUUCUUGCUUGCAUUGGCAAAAUUGUUGGAACUCUAGCUGUUGCAAUAUUUUAUCAAAUGCCGAUUCGCGAAGGCGCUACGCUCGGUUUACUCAUGAACACAAAAGGCCUUGUUGAAAUGAUUGUGCUGAAUGUUGGAAAGGACCAAAAGAUUUUUGAUGAAGAAUCAUUUGCAGUGAUGGUGGUUAUAACAUUAUUAAUGACAGGAAUAAUUGUACCUUUUGUAUCAAUAAUUUAUAGACCAUCAAGGAGAAACAUAUAUUACAAUAGAAGAACACUUCAGAUAUUAAAACCAGAUGCAGAAUUUAGAGUACUAGUUUGUGUACAUAGUCCUCGAAACGUGCCAACAAUGAUCAACCUCAUUGAAGCCUCGAAUCCAACAAAGGGGUCGCCAAUAUGUGUCUAUGUGCUCCAUUUGGUCGAACUUAGCGGUCGAACAUCAGCGAUGCUCAUUGUUCACAACACCAAUAAACCAGAACAUGCGGCACUUAACCGAACUGAAGCUCAAUCCGACCACAUAAUCAACGCAUUUAAAAACUACGAACAACACACAUCCUAUGUCUCGGUCCACCCCUUAACAGCAAUGUCCCCUUACCCAACAAUGCACGACGAUAUAUGCAAUUUGGCAGAAGACAAACGUGUAUCACUAAUAAUCGUUCCGUUUCAUAAACAACAAACAGUUGAUGGUGGAAUGGAAACAAUAAACGUGGCGUUUCGAACAAUCAACCAAAAUGUACUAGCAAAUGCACCUUGCUCUGUCGGAAUUCUAGUUGAUAGAGGCUUAAGCGGUUCGAACCGAUUAGUCUCAAAUCAAACAUCACAUCACGUAGCUGUUAUGUUUUUCGGUGGUCCAGACGACAGAGAAGCGUUAUGCUACGGAUGGAGAAUGUUGGAACAUACUGGUAUAAACCUAACGUUAAUGCGAUUUGUCCCAGGAGAACAAGUAAGCAGACCGGUUCGACAACAACAUGGAUCCGGUUUAGAUGGACCAAGUGUGGUAACAGUUGAAACAGAAAAUGAUAUAGAUAAACUACUUGAUGAUAAACUAAUAAAUGAGUUUAGGAUGAGAUAUGGGAAUGAUAAUUCAGUUGAUUAUUUAGAAAAAGUAGUUAACAAUGGAGAGGAAACAGUUGCAGUAAUAAGAACAAUGGAUGAUAUUCAUGAUCUUUUCAUUGUUGGAAGAGGUCAAGGAAUGAUAUCACCAUUGACAGCAGGACUUACUGAUUGGAGUGAGUGUCCUGAAAUGGGUGCAAUUGGUGAUUUAUUAGCUUCUUCAGAUUUUGCAGCAACUGCUUCAAUUUUAGUAGUUCAACAAUAUGUUGGAACAGGUUCAAAUGAUGAUGGAUUAGAAACACCAAAUGGUUAUGGUGGUGAUGAAUAUAAUAAUAAUGUUGACAUAAAUCAUCAUUCUGCACCACCAAGAGGACAAACUGUUUUUAAUACAGACAGAAUCAGUCCUCAUAAUUUGUAAUAUACUAGUUCUGUCACUUCUUAUUAGCCCUUACCAUUUUCAGAUAUAUUAAGAUUAAGAAAAGUAGAG